AUGCUCUCUCGCACUCUGCGUACCCUUUGCGCCGGGUCCGCUCCACGUAGCGUAACCCGUGCCGCUGCCAUGGGCUUCCACUCUUCUCGUGUCGCGCGUAGCAGUUUCGUGCAGCACCGGGACACAGAGGACAAUAACGCCGACACGCCGUUCGACUUUACGCCCGAGAACUACGAGCGCGUGCACGCGAUCUUGGACCGGUACCCGGAGAACUACAAGGCGUCGGCGAUUAUUCCGCUGCUGGACCUCGCGCAGCGUCAACAUGGCGGCUGGUUACCAUUGGCGGCCAUGAACAAAGUCGCGCGGAUCGUGGACGCUAAGCCGAUCCAAGUGUACGAAGUCGCGACGUUUUAUACCAUGUUCAACCGCGAGAAGGUGGGCAAGUACUUUAUCCAGCUGUGCGGCACGACGCCGUGCAUGAUUUGCGGCUCGGAGGAGAUCCGGAAGACGAUUGAAGACCACUUGGGGAUUAAGAAAGGAGACACGACGGAGGACGGCAUGUUUACACUGCAAGAGGUCGAGUGCCUUGGUGCAUGUGCGAACGCUCCCAUGGUGCAGAUCAACGACGACUACUACGAAAACUUGACCCCCGAGACGAUACGUGAGGUGCUGGACGCUUGCAAAAAGGGCACACCGCCGUCGAUGAGCAAAUGGGGUAGCCUGCCAAUGAACGGACAGCUGUCGUGCGAAGGUCCGCAGGGCAAGACUUCGCUCAAGUGGGACAAGACCCCUGGUCCGGGAUUCCGGAUGCGUCCGGACGAUGAUCUCAAGCCCAAGGUGAACCCCAAGGAGAUCAAGGACGCCAUGCUGUACUAG